AUGAGUUGUUCUUUUAAAAAUUGUAAAAGUAAUUCAUUGGAUGAAUCGGAAUGCAGAAUUGAGGCUAAAACUGUCCUACCGAAGAGGGAAUUCGAUGAAUCAAAACUUUGCAUACGUUGGAGAAGUGAUGGAGAGGCAAAGUUUCACAAAGAUUGCUGGAAUGAUGUUUUAAAGUUGUCGCGUUCUCGUGCAAAGAAAAAGGAUGGACCCAAUAUGUCGCACCAGGAGAAAGUUCUAGUGAAAGAGGCUGCAAAAUCGUUCGAGCAGUUUGAUUCUUUUCAACAUGUAUGUCGUGAAGCCAAGAGAGUCGCUAAAAUGAUAACCUCAAGCAAACACUGUGUUGCGUUUACAGGAGCUGGAAUUUCUACAUCAGCUGGUAUAGGUGAUUAUAGGGGAAAGAGUGGAAAGUGGACAGAGAUGGAUCAAAAUUCACUGGAUGUUGACUCUGUGUUUGAAAAAAAUGAACCAGAAACAAAGAAAAGGAAAACCCAGCCUGAAGCAACAGUGACUCCACAAACUGGAGAGGAAGAUGAUGAUAAUGAAGGUGAUGGUGUUCCAUAUGAAUCAUUGCGACCAACCUACACACACGAAGCUCUGUACAAGCUAUUACAGGAUGGCUACCUCCAUUACAUCAUCAGUCAGAAUGGAGAUGGACUGCAUGGUUUGUCAGGAGUGCCACAAGAUGCCAUCUCAGAGCUUCACGGCAAUGUCUUCAUUGAGAGGUGUGAAUCUUGUGGAAAAAGAUAUGAGAGGGAUUUCUAUGUUAUGGAUGACAUAAGCAGUCAAUAUUAUGAGGAAUUAGAAGAUUAUGGCAAAACUGAUAUACGUAAACCUAAACAUGCUGUGAAGUGUAAGAGGUGUGGAUUGUGUCAUCGAACAGGAAGAAAAUGUGAAAAGAAGGGCUGUCGAGGAUAUUUAAUUGACUCCAUCAUCAAUUUCCGUGACCAUCUUGAGGAUGAAAUAACUGACCGGGCAACUGCUAACGCCAGUCAAUGUGAUCUCAUGUUGUGUCUUGGCACUACCCUGAUGGUCACUCCAGCCAGUGACUUUGUGGAGCUUGGAAAACAUCCCCUCAGACUAGUCAUCUGUAACAGACAGGAAACUUAUAUGGACAGUGUCUGUGCGGAGAAAACAAAAGACGGUCAACAGCUAGGAUCAAGGGUGUUUGGUGACUGUGAUGUCUUUUUUCGUGAAGUGAUGAAACACAUCUUGGAUCCAGAGAGUCUGAAGAGAUGGGAGGAUGAUAGAGGAAAAAGAAUGAAAAAGUAUGAUAAACAUCGUUCAUAAAGAGAAUUGCAUAAAAUUUUGGUG